AUGCUGAGGUCUUUGGUUGGUCUUAUGAUGAUAUGCCUGACAUAUCCCCAGAGGUCAUCAGCCACAAGCUCAACAUCUCCCCUGCCUAUAAACCUGUCAGACAGAAGUGCCAUUCGUAUGAUGCCGAACGAUAUGAAGCCAUGCGUACAGAAGUUGACAAGCUUAAAGCCAUCGGCUUUAUCAGGGAGGCUACGUACCUUGUCUGGCUUGCAAAUUCGGUCAUGGUUCGGAAGGCCAAAGGCGAAUGGCGAAUGGCGAAUGUGUCAGGACUAUACCGACCUGAACAAGGCCUGUCCGAAGGAUAGCUUUGCAUUGCCCAGGAUUGACCAACUUGUUGACGCAACUGCCAGUCACGAGCUGCUCAGUUUUAUGGACGCUUAUUCGGGAUACAACCAGAUUUUCAUGCACCCCGGCGAUUGCAAACAUACGACAUUCAUCAUGGACAGAGGGUUGUACUACUAUAAUGUCAUGCCGUUCAGCUUAAAAAACGCAGGGGCAACAUACCAAAGACUGGUGAACCGAAUUUUCGCUAUGCACAUCGGCAGCAUUAUGGAGGUGCAUGUCGAUGAUAUAGUGGUGAAGAGCCAAACGGCAGAGGGGCAUCUAGAGAACUUGGCCCUUAUGCUCGGUAUAUUGAAGGACUACCGGAUGAGACUAAACCCAACGAAGUACGCCUUUGGUGUGUCUUCGGGUCAAAGGGGGAUCGAAGCAAAUCCUGAGAAGAUCAAGGUCAUAAUCGACAUGGAGAGGCCAAAAACACAGAAGGACAUUCAAAGCCUGACCGGACGAGCAUUUCAAGACCUAAAGAACUACAUGAGCAAAGCACCACUGUUAUCAAAAACCACUUCCCGGAGAAGUUCUCCUUCUCUACCUUUCGGUAUCAAGCACUGUCGUCAGCUCACUGUUGAUACGGAAGCCAGAGAAGGCAGAACUAUCGAUAUUCUAUGUCAGCAAAGCGCUGUAGAGCGCAGAGCUUUGGUAUCCCCCCUUGGAGCAGCUAGCACUAGCCCUCGUCAUCUCAACUCGAAGGCUCCGCCCAUACUUCCAACCACACGAGAUCACGGUUUUGACCAAUCAACCACUUCGGCAAGUGCUACAAAAGCCAGAAACGUCCAGCCGAUUGAUCAAAUGGGCAAUUGA